CGCCUGGUCGCACUUAGCUUCCGGUUCGGGGCAAAGGUUUUAGAUGGUGUCUUAUUGAGUGAGCAGGCGGGAAAUUGUUAGGGUUGGGGCGGUGUUAACGCGGUGCCCCGCCUCUUUCUGUUUCGAGUGUGGGGACUAUCGGCGCCGCUAGCGAGGGCCCGGGGGAUUGGAAAGAUGAGUUCGACUGGAGAUGAGAUCAUUCGCAUCGCUAAAAAGAUGGAGCGGAUGGUGCAGAAGAAAAACACGGCCGGAGCUCUGGAUUUAUUGAAAGAACUUAAAAGCCUUCCUAUGACAUUGGAGCUGCUUCAGUCCACCCGAAUUGGAAUGUCUGUGAAUGCCAUCCGUAAACAAAGCGGGGAAGAAGACGUGACUUCACUAGCCAAGUCUCUCAUCAAGUCCUGGAAAAAACUGUUAGAUGGACCAUCAGCUGACUUGGAGGAAAAGAAAAAAGAUCAACCAGCUCCUGCACAAAAUAGCCCGGAAGCCAGGGAAGAGAGUUCCAGCACAAAUUUCGGUGUCCUGAAGGAAGAAUGUCCAGCUCCUUCAGAUGACUUCAUUACGUCUUUUCCCAGAGCACCCAGUACUUCAGAUUCAGUAAGAAUUAAAUGUCGAGAGCUACUGGCUGUAGCACUAAAAACAGGAGAUGACCACGUAGCCAUUGGUGCUGAUGUUGAUGAACUUGGUGCUCAGAUUGAGGAAGCGGUUUUCCAAGAAUUCAAAAACACAGAUGCAAAAUACAAAAACCGAAUCCGGAGCAGAAUUGCAAACCUUAAAGAUGCAAAAAAUCCCAACCUGAGAAGAAAUGUCCUGUGUGGCAACAUUGCUCCUGACUUGUUUGCAAGAAUGUCGGCCGAGGAAAUGGCGAGUGAUGAGCUGAAAGAGAUGCGGAAAAACCUGACCAAAGAGGCUAUCCGAGAGCAUCAGAUGGCCAGGACGGGAGGCACAGAGACUGACCUGUUCACCUGUGGGAAAUGCAAAAAGAAGAACUGCACCUACACUCAGGUUCAGACCCGAAGCGCUGAUGAACCAAUGACAACAUUUGUCUUUUGUAAUAAUUGUGGAAACAGAUGGAAGUUUUGCUAAUGGGAGAAGAUGCCACUACAUCUAGACAAAAAGAGAGGAAGAGACCAUUUUGUAACUAAUCGAAUCUUGUAGAUUUCUGCAGAGAAGUUCCAAUCCGGAUUCAUCCAUAGGACUCGCGGGGUUUUUUAAGUUCCAUCCCUUUACGAAAUAGUUUCUUUCACAGCAGGGAGAUUAUGCGCCAAGUUUUAUGGUGCAUGUUAAAACAAAACAAAAAAAAAAUGUUUUUAUAACUAAGGCAGCAUUAAACUUUUAUUGAUACAGUUGUGCCAUUUGUUCCCUUGCUUUUGGUGUUAGAGUUUCUGUAGAACUGCUCCUGAUCAUAGCCAUUUCCUCUGUAGCUGUUAUAAAUAUUUUCCGUUCAUGAUAAAGUGGCAUUAACACACCAGUGUCUGCUCACAGGUACAUCGAGUGUGUCGUGUUGUGUCUGCUGAAUAACUCUGUGGUCCAAUUUCCAGGCCAACUGCACAUUUUCUGAUGUGCUUUUCCUGUGAGUUUUUGCCCUAUGAUGUCAUUUCCUGUAGCUCAUGUCUCUGAAGACUCAACGCAUAUAAUGGAAAGUAAAAUUGUAAGAUUUUUUUUAUAUUAAAAACUAAAAAUUCUAA